UGAGGAGGGAGUAUUUAAAGAAAAAGCUUGUCUUGUUUUUCAAUUUUUCUUGUAAAUUUGCAUUGCAUUCAGAAACAUGCUUUCCACUUUCUGUUUUUUUUUUUUUUUUGGUUUCCAUGUUGUCUUUGUCUUCAUGGUCUAAAUGAACUGAUUUUUUUUCCCACCUGAAAACUGGUUCUCUAGCCGGGAACCUGCCAUUUUUCUCAUCCUUAAAACCACCAAAAGAAAAUCUUUUUUUUUUUUUACUUUUAUAUUUUCCAUCUGCAUCCUCUUUCUGGCUUACUCUAUUUUAGUUGGUAAAAUUUUGAUCUUUGAAGACAGUUUUAGAUAUAGAACAGUUUGCUAAAAAAUGGAGUCAAGGGAAGCAAUGAAUUCUGGAGUUACAGUGAUAGCUCCAGAAGCUCCAUCAAACUAUCAUAUGGCAUCAAGAACGGAAUCUACUCCUUUAUCACCUGGAACAACGUCCAUGAUUACAUCUCCAGUAGCUACUGGCAUUCCAAUCAGUUCAGAGAAGAAGAAAAGGGGACGUCCUAGGAAGUAUGGGCCUGAUGGGGCAGUUGCAAGGACACUUUCACCUAUGCCUAUUUCGGCGUCAGCGCCACCAACCUCCGGCAGCUUCUUGUCUGAGAAAGUGAGUGUUGCCCGUCCAGCAUCCGAGAAGAAGCCUAGGAACAAAGUGGGGGCAGAGAAUUUAGGUGAAUGGAUUUCAUGUUCCACAGGUGGCAACUUUUUGCCGCACAUGAUAACAGUUGAAGCUGGUGAGGAUGUUACCAUGAAGAUAAUCUCAUUUUCUCAACAAGGACCUCGAGCUAUUUGCAUUAUUUCUGCUGUUGGUUUGAUAUCAAAUGUCACUCUACGCCAGCCAAAUUCAUCAGGGGGAACUUUAACUUAUGAGGGUCGAUUUGAAAUCCUUUCUUUGUCUGGAUCCUUUACUCCAACAGAGUUUGGGGGUUCUCGUACUAGCAGAACCGGAGGAAUGAGCAUUUCUUUGGCAAGUCCUGAUGGUCGUGUUGUCGGAGGUACACUUGCAGGACUGUUAAUAGCUGCUAGUCCCGUCCAGGUUGUAGUGGGCAGUUUUCUACCAAGCAACUACCAAGAGGCCAAGCCAAAGAAACAGAAAGCAGAACCCAAAGCAAUAGCUUAUGCAACGGUUUCUCCUGCUGCUCCCCAUAGCUCAAAUGCACACACGGUAAAUGUUCCUGGAGCUGGAACUCAAAAUGUUAUAUCAUCUUCCAUUCAACCUAAUCACUGGACCACUAUGCAAUCUGUUCAAGAUUCAAGAAAGUCUGCUACAGAUAUUAACAUAUCAUUGCAGGGAGAGUAAUCCAAUUCCUUGCGUGAAAUUCAUUCCCAGAUUCUGAAGCUCUUCACACGCGGUACCUGAAUAGUAUAACUUGUCUGAUCGUUAAUAACUUACCUGUUGUAGUUGCAGAUUCUUAGUUGUAGGGAACUUCGAGUGCUUUACAUUUAACACUUUCGGUUAAAAGUUGGAGGUUCGUAGUUACACCCACAUUGUGACUCUUUUGGCUAGUUCAGAAAAAUCUUGUAUCACAAAUCCUGUAGCUAUUAUUGUUCUCUAAUAUUUUUUCUUUUGGUA